GGGUUUCACUCACUCUUCAAUUUCUUCUCUCAUUUUCAAGUCAAAUCAUUUCGUAAUUCGUAUCCUUUCACUCUUCUCUUCUCGUUGAUCUUCACGUUAACGCCGGUGGUGGUGGUGGCCGUGGCGGUGGUUGUAGUCUUCUUCCACAUCGCUAGUGUCAACAGUGACUGAGUGCUCCAAUGGACUACAGCUCUGAGGAUGAAUCGGAUAUUAGUGAGUCUGAGAUUGACGACUAUUCAGAGAAACCAUAUGAACAGAUAAGGAGUGGAAAGUACAAGGUUAAAGCCUUAAAUGGGACUCUUAGAUGUCCUUUCUGUGCUGGGAAGAAGAAACAAGAGUAUAAAUACAAGGAAUUGUACCAACACGCAUCAGGCGUGGCUAAGGGUUCUGCUAACAGAAGUGCGAAACAGAAGGCGAACCACCUUGCUCUGUGGAAGUACAUGGACAAUGAGCUAGCCAGCGAGGCAGACGAAGUCCAGCGUCCACCUGCACCUCAAGCUGUCAAUCAACCUCCGCAGCAAGAUGAGUUGUAUGUUUGGCCCUGGACGGGUAUUCUUGUUAACAUAAAGAGUAAAGCACAGGAUUCUGGAUAUUGGUUGAAGGAAUUUGCAAAAUACAGACCAUUAAAUGUUCAAAUAUUCUUGAAUGAAGGUGAUACGGUUUCUCAAGCUGUAGUGGACUUCAAUAAUGACUGGAAUGGUUUCAUGAAUGCAAGUGCAUUUGAGAAAUCAUUUGAAACUGCACGUCGUGGUAAAAAGGAUUGGAGUUCAAACAAGUUGCAAGCAGACACAAACAUUUAUGGAUGGGUAGCACGGGAAGAUGAUUAUGGUUGUGAAGGACUGAUAGGGGAUUACCUACGCAAUAAAGGAAGGUUGAGGACAGUUUCAGAUAUUGUUCAAGAAGCAUCUGAAAGCAGAAAUAGUAUUGUGGCAAACCUGGCCAAUGAGCUUGAUAUUACAAAUGAAAACAUCAACAAAAUGGUAUACAAAUUCAAUGAGAAGAAUUUGUCCUUGAGCAGGAUGCUUGUGGAGAAAGACCAACUUCACAAUGCUUUUGUUGAAGAAUCAAGGAAAAUGCAACGUCUUGCCCGGAUUGAGGUAAGGAGGAUAUUGGAAGAACAAGAAAAGUUGAGCAGUGAGUUGGAGGCAAAAAAACGAAAGCUAGAUUCCUGGAGCAGAGAUCUAAACAAACGUGAGGUACUGACUGAUCAAGAGAGGCAGAAACUCGAAGAGGAAAAGAAGAAGAAAGAUUUGAGGAAUGAAUCACUUAUGAUGGCAUCAAAGGAGCAGAAGAUAGCUGAUGAGAAAGUUUACACACUUGUUGAGGAGCAAAAGAGAGAGAAAGAGGAGGCAUUGAAUAAGAUACUUCUGUUGAAAAAACAACUAGAUGCCAAACAGAAGUUGGAAAUGGAUAUUGAAGAGUUAAAAGGGAAGUUGCAGGUCAUGAGGCAUCUUGGAGAUGCAGAUGAUGCAGCAAUUCAGAAAAAGAUGAAGGAAAUGAGUGAUGAAUUGCAAGAGAAAGUAGAAAAUUUGGACAGUAUGGAGUCCAUGAACCAAACACUCAUUAUCAAGGAGCGCCAGAGCAAUGAUGAGCUGCAACAAGCUCGUAAAGCAUUGAUAAAUGGGUUAGAAGAUAUUCUGAAUUCUUCUUCACGAACUAAUAUUGGGAUCAAGAAAAUGGGAGAACUUGAUGAGAAGCCUUUUCUCAAUGUCUUCAUGAAACAAAAAGGUAUUCGUGAAGAAGAAGCUCAGACAAAGGGUAUGGAGCUUUGCUCUUUGUGGCAGGAGAACUUGAAAGAUUCGAACUGGCAUCCAUUCAAAGUGAUCACAGUUGAUGAUAAUCCACAGGAAAUUCUGAAUGAGGAUGAUGAGAACUUCAAGGAAAAAAGGAAGGCUACCUUAAAGGAGGUGAUCAGCUACAUUGUAGUUAAUCAUAUCAAGCAUCUUAAGCGCAAGAGAACAUAAACCAAAGGGUAAGGCAGCUGAGAAAUCAAUGAUAUAUCAAGAGCUUGUGAAUUUAUGCCUUUGUGCUUGCAAUAAGGAAAAAAGAACUGGACGUAUAAGUUGAUACAAGUGUUACCAACGAUGGAUUUUACAUUUGUAUCUGAUAAACUUUAUUUAUAGACUUCACUCGGUACUAUCCUGGAGGCACUGUAUUCUUUUCUUUUCUUAUCGGUCUUAUUUUAUGAAAGUGUAGACAAAUAGAAUUCCAAAAUGAUGCGAAAAAUCAAAAGUCCAUCGCCUUGUUUUAGCAGAGAUAGCUGGGACUGUAUUGAAACCAACAUCAACAGAGCAUCAAGUUGUGAUUUUCUUCUAAAA